GGUUUGGAUCUGCUGAAACUGCUUUGCUAGCAAGAUUUGCAAUCAUUUGCACAAAUGCUUUACAUUAAGAGAUACUAAAGCCAAACUGUUGUUUUUUUUUUCCUUCUUCUGUUGUACAGAAUCCUAAUGCACAUCCGCGGCCAACCUCCCAGGAUUUAGCAGGGUUUUGGGAUAUGCUGCAGUUAUCCAUAGAAAAUAUUAGUAUGAAAUUUGAUGAACUUCAUCAGUUAAAGGCCAAUAAUUGGAAACAGAUGGAUCCUCAUGACAAGAAGGAGAGAAGGGUCCCUCCUCCAGUGCCAAAGAAGCCAUCGAAAGGUCAGGUGCCGCUCAUCCGGGAACGCUCUCUGGAGAGCUCGCAGCGUCAGGAGGCCCGCAAGCGGCUGAUGGCUGCCAAGCGCGCGGCGUCCGUCCGGCAGAACUCAGCCACCGAAAGCGCCGAGAGCAUUGAGAUAUACAUCCCCGAAGCCCAGACCAGGCUAUGAAGGGAUCCGACCAGGAGGACUCUCUCUGGCAAGACAAGUCUCCUGUACAAUCUGCCCCUCUAGGCUCCUGCUCCAGGUCACCGCCACCAAGUAUUUGUACCUCCUCCUCCCUCUGCUCCCCCCCUCUCCCCACUCUCUGUACACAGUCCCGGUGACCCCGAUGAAUCCCACCACCGUGCCGUAGUUGUCGGUUCUCCGAGAGAUUUCCUCUAACCACCCUUGCUUCCUGAAGGUUUGCCCAUGUCACCAUGAUGCUUUGUCACAUGUACUGAUGCUGCCACCUCGCCUCAUGUAAACGAGUACAAUCCUUUUUCUGUUUGAAGUGAAUAAACGCGGCGCUCGGAUCCCCAUGCAUACGCGCACCUGUACAGUAGGCUCCAUUUAACCCACCCACGACCUUUAGUUGAUCUAAAGCUAGCCUGUUACCUAGUGUACAGCAAUAUCCAACCGCAGGGGAUUUUGGAAAUUUCAGUCACGCAGGGUGAUCCUUUUGGACUCUGCCGUCUUCCUCAUAAAAGAUGAAAGGAGCUAUGACUCGGAUUCCCCUUUUGUUAUCUUUUUUUUUUUUUUUAAAGCAGAUGGCGCACUUUAUUCUAAACCUCCAAAUCACACCUUCUCACCUGAUUUUAAGGAGUCACCAAGGGGGGAGCAGUUGGGGUGGGAGCGGGGAGGAGGGUAAAAACACAGACCUGGGGGUGAGAAAUGAAAGCGUAUCCCGCAGGUGGGAGGGUGAGGGAUAGAAAGAUCCCAAGGAAAGAUGCCUGCACACUCACAGCUGCACAAACUGCCUCAUUUUUAUUUCAUCAAUCACUACUUAAACAUUUCAAUCAGCAGAAGAUUGUAAAUUCGAUCUUCCAGGGAAAUAAUCUAUUUUGAAAGGCAAUAAAAGAGUGAAAAGGAAGGAAAUAAGAAGCAAGGACAGUUGAAGAUAAUAUAAAAGAAGGGUUUUCUUGUCCAAGUAUUAAGAAUUUUUAAAAUUGUACUGUAUUGUCAAUUCCUCUUGUAUUGUAUUGUAUGGAUUAUAUUG